AUGGCAGACACGGCGUCGCUCCCUCCACAACGGGACUCCGCGCUGGGGAUGCACGGGCCCCACGGUGGUUUAUAUAUGCCCGUGGCGCAGGGUCCGCUGCAGGCCCACGCGAGUCCACGGCUGGUAAGUGUCAGAAUGGUAUUGUCAAGUAUAACGGCGCUGGCGCUAGUGGCAGUGGUCACAGUGCUCGGCACCGCGCAGCCGGCGCGACCCACCGCGCCUUUGGCGGCUGCAGACGAGCAAUUUUGGGUCGCGCAGCACCGCAGCGCGUCCAAGCAGCUCUACCAGCUCGUGCAUGGCAGCGAGCUGAGCUUCUACGACGAGGGCCGCGAUGUGUUGGGGACCACCGAGCUGUCGCGCAACAUGUACUCGCGGCAGCCCUACGUGGCCAACGGCUACAUCGGGUCACGCGUGCCGAAUGUGGGGUUCGGCUAUGCAGCCGAUGAGGAGAACAUAUGGACGGAUGCAUCAGUGCCUGGCGCGCUAAACAAUGGCUGGCCGUUGCGCAACCCGCGCUACGCGGGGUCUUUUGUGUCGGACUUUUAUUCCCUACAGGCACGGCUCAACUCCACGAAUUUCCCCGAGUUGGACGAAGAGGGGUACUCGACGGUGAUCGCGUCGAUACCGGAGUGGACGGACUUACGAGUGCGCGCAGACGGCGCAGAGCUCGGGGCCGAGACGGUGGCGCUGGAGGACAUGGGCGGCUACGUGCAGAACAUGUCGCUCGCGGACGGGGUGGUGACGACGGAGUACGUGUGGCGGGGGCUCUCGGUGCGGGCGACAGUAGCGGCGCACCGCAGCGAGUACCCGCUCGGGCUCGUGCAAUUGGAGGUGGCGCUCUGCGGGGACACGGAGCCGCGCGAGGUGGAGGUGCGGGACGUGUUGAACUUCACAACGUCGCACCGGACGGUGCUCCGGGAGGCGGGGCACGACGAGGACGGGAUCUACAUGCGCGUGGAGCCGGAGAACGUGCCGUACUCGGAGGCGGCGUUGUACUCUGUGUUCGAGGUGCGCGGCGGGGAGGGCAGCGUGCAGCCCGAGCGGGCGGCGGCGGGCGCGACGGUGGCGCAGUGGGUGCGGGUGCGCCUCACGGCGGCGCAGCCGCGGGUGGUGGUGCGCAAGUACGUGGGGGUGGUGUCGAGUGAGUACAACACGGCGGGCGGGUCGAACCUCGAGGCGGCGCGUGCGGCGGCGCUUGCGCACUACGGGGCGUUCGACGGGGCGCUUGUGUCGCACCGGGCGGCGUGGAGCGCGCUCUACGGCAACGCGUCGAUCGAGAUUCCGUCGGACUUCUUGUUGGAGCUCGCGGCAAAGAGCUCGAUGUUCCACAUGUUGGCGAACACGCGCGCACACAACGUGUCUGCGACGCGCGGGUUGCCGGUGCCGGUGACGGGACUCUCGAGUGACUCGUACGGCGGGAUGGUGUUCUGGGACUCGGACGUGUGGAUGCUGCCCGGCCUCCUCCCGUUCUUCCCAGACAUCGCGCGCGAGAUCUCGAACUACCGCAACGCGACGCACGCGCAGGCCGUGGCGAACGCGCGCCACUACAACUACUCUGGGGCCUUGUAUCCGUGGACGUCCGGCCGCUAUGCGAACUGCACGUCCACCGGGCCCUGUGUGGACUACGAGUACCACAUCAACAUAGACAUUGCGAUGAGCUCCCUUUCCAUCUACAUGAACGGGGCGGAUGGCAUCGGGGAGGACUACCUCAGGUACACGACGUGGCCGCUCCUCCGCGACGCAGCGCUAUUCUUCACCGAGUACGUGCGCUAUAACGAGACCCUUGACGCAUACACGACGCAUAACUUAACGGACCCGGACGAGUUUGCCAACUUCAUCGACAAUGGUGCCUUCACAAACGCCGGGAUCAAGAUCUUACUUCGCUGGGCCAUAGAUGUUGGUACCCAUUUGGAGGAGCCAGUGGACACGAAAUGGCAGGAGAUAUCCGACAAGAUCCAUAUCCCCACGUCCGAGACCAACAUCACCUUGGAAUACACGGGGAUGAACGCCACGGUGGACAUCAAACAGGCGGAUGUUUUGCUCAUGGUGUAUCCUCUUGGUUAUAUCACAGAUGAGAGCAUACUGAAUAAUGCUAUUCAAAACUUGUAUUACUAUUCCGAGAGGCAGUCAGCAUCGGGCCCUGCCAUGACAUAUCCUGUGUUCGCCGCUGCUGCUGCAACUCUAUUGAACCACGGUUCAUCAUCCCAGAGCUAUUUGUACAAAGCAGUUGUGCCGUAUUUACGUGCCCCCUUCUUCCAGUUCAGCGAGCAGUCAGAUGACAACUUUCUCACAAACGGCUUGACGCAACCGGCCUUCCCCUUCUUGACCGCAAAUGGGGGUUACCUACAGAGCCUACUUUUCGGCCUGACAGGCUUACGCUACUCCUAUACGGUUAAUCCCGAGACCAAGAAGAUGGAGCGGCUCUUGAAGUUCAGCCCUGUUAGAAUGCCGCUAUUGCCUGGCGGAAUACGCAUCAACAACUUCAAGUACUUGGGCCAGGUGCUCGACAUUUCCAUUGAUGAUCAUAAUGCGACUAUCGCCCAUAAGCAGGGCAAUACGCCUAUCCACAUCAAAGUCCCUGACCGUUCCAUUCUCCGCGACCGUGACGUGCCUGUGUACAAAGGCUCAGCGCUCCAGGCGCGCGAUGUCAUCCCGUAUCACGAACUAUCAAACUCGAACUAUUUCACUGUGAAUCCUGGUGAAACACUAACACUUCCUGUGUAUGAACCGGAGUUAAACAUCCAAGGCAACAUUGUCGAGGGGCGGCAGAUUACCAAUUUAACUCAGGGUGUACCAGGCGAUGUCCCGAUUUCUAUUCUAGACGGGAACAACUAUACCCACUGGCAGCCGUUCGACAAGUCUGAGAGGGCACUCUUGUUGAUUGAUUUGGGUUCCGAAGAGGAGUACGAGAUCACAACGGGUAAAAUUUUGUGGGGCGCUCGUCCCGCGAAGAACUUCUCCAUCUCUAUUCUCCCCAACUCAAAGCACAUCACAGAGAUAUUGACAAAACUGACGGCCAUGAUGGACGGCCGGAAUACGGACCUUGUCUCCUGCUCAAAGUGCCACGCCGUCUCUUCCUCGCAGCAUCUGCUCGGCGGGCUGGCGAAUGUCACCGAUUCCAAGGGACUCGCGGCCAUUGAUGGAGAGACUGUGGACAUGGGUAUUAGAGAAAUUUUCCGUUGGAACUUAUUCGACCUUCCUACCAUAUCGAGCAUUAUCCCCGAGGCAGCCAAUAUCUCUGAAAGCUUCGUGACGGUCCUUGAAAACUACCAAGUGACUCCGUCUGAACCUUACUACGAAGAGGUUGUUCGUAAAUCCCAGAUUGUCAUAUUACCAAGCAACGAAACUGACUUCUGCAUAGAUUAUGCUGCCGUGCCAAAACUCAAUCCAACUUACACUGCAGUCAAUUUGUCUGCCGACGACACGAACUGGCGGAAAACUAGAUUUGUUAUCGUGGCAGUAGAGGGCAGCUACGACGAUGACGAUGACCAAAAAGGUGGUACCAUUAAAGAAAUCGCGCUUAUGGUGGCCCCAAAAAACUAA